AUGGAUGCCGUCGACGUCUCGGAGCACUACGAGGUCACCGCGGCCGACAACUCUCCCUCCCUCCUCUCCAUCGUCCUCGACACAAACCCACGCGCCUGGGCCGCUCUCGACUCAUCCCUCUCCCUCGCCCAGGCCAUCUCCAACAUUCUCGUCUUCGUCAAUGCCCAUCUGGCGUUUAGCAACACCAACCAGGUCGCCGUCAUCGCCGCACACGUGAACCGCGCCGUAUGGCUGUAUCCCACUCCUCAGAGUCCAUCAGCUACCACGGCAACAAAGGACCAUUCAGGGGAUGUUCAGAUGCAGGAUGUGCCAGCCGAGACGAAUGCCCCUUCGAACUCGGCCAACAAGUACCCUCAGUUCGCGCAGAUCGAGUCCUCCGUCUUCUCGUCCAUCCAGACGCUCAUGGCAGAGACCACCGUGCAAGACCUCGACCAGGUAACAACACAACUCUCCGGAGCCCUGACGCUCGCCCUCUGUCGCAUCAACAAGGCCGCCCAGGCUCUAAGUUCAUCAGACACCACCAUCUCCAAUGCCGCCCCCGUCAACUCCACCGCCCCUCCUCCCGUCAAAGGCCGAAUCGUCGUCAUCUCCGUCUCUGACUCCGAACCCUCCCAAUACAUCCCCACCAUGAACGCCGUCUUUGCCGCCGCCCAUAAUCAGGUUGCCAUUGACACCAUUUCUCUUGCCGGAGACUCGACGUUCCUCCAACAGGCUUGCUUCAACACAAACGGCAUCUUCCUUAAAGCCUCCAAUCCCAAGGGUUUGCUGACCUACCUCAUGUUUGGUCUGAUCCCCGAUACCGAGGCCCGUGGAGACCUCAUCACACCGACUCACGAUACGGUCGACUUCCGUACUGCUUGCUUUUGCCACGGCAAGGUCGUCGACACCGGCUUUGUCUGCUCAGUGUGUCUCAGCAUAUUCUGCGAACCACCAGAGAACGCCGAGUGUCUCACUUGCGGAACUGUGCUUGCUCUAGGUAAUUACGGAGCGAAGCCUGCCGUUAUGCCUCGGAAAAAGAAGAAGAAGAAGAAGAUUACCAACGGUAGCGGGCGUGAGGAGACGGGUAGUGCUACAGGGACGCCAAAACCAUGA